CCAGAGCCUGCGGCAGUCGUGAUCCGACCUUUGCAACGAGAGGACGUGCCGACCAUUCUCUCUACAAACGGCUACUGGCCGAAAACGAUCGCGGGUGAAUUUAAAAAUAAAUUUUUUAAAUUUGGAAUUUUGUGUCAUCUCUUGGAAUAAGAGAAGAUAUCCAAAGGCAGUCGGUGACAGCAUAAAAUGCAGGAGAGCCUCUCAUGACAUCGGCGUUGAACUGAAGAACAAUGGCGCUGUCAAACAACUCCAUCUCGAGGACCUACCAAAGGCUCUUCGUAGAUCUAGCUGAUCCCCGCACCAACGACUGGUUCCUGAUCACCAGCCCGAUCCCGGGACUGACCAUCAUCGGACUAUACCUGUACUUCACGCUGAAAUGGGGCCCGCGGUACAUGGCCGACAAGAAACCCUUCCAGCUCCAGAAAACGCUGGUGGUGUACAACUUUAUACAAGUCAUUGUCAGCUGCUGGCUAUUCUUUGAGGGCCUAGACGCGGGUUGGUUGCGGACUUACAGCUGGAAAUGUCAGCCAGUCGACUUCUCCCGGUCGCCGGAAGCAAUGAGAGUCGCCAGAGGCGUCUACAUCUACUUCCUGGCAAAGAUAUCCGAACUGCUAGAUACAGUUUUCUUCGUCAUCAGGAAAAAAGAGCGGCAGAUCACGUUCCUCCAUUUGUACCACCACACAGUCAUGCCGAUGAUUUCGUGGGGGGCCACGAAGUACUACCCCGGGGGCCACGGGACCCUCAUAGGGGUCAUCAACUCGUUCGUCCACAUCAUCAUGUACACGUACUACAUGUUGGCAGCCAUGGGACCCCAAUACCAGAAGUUUCUGUUUUGGAAACGGCAUAUUACAACUUUGCAAAUGCUGCAGUUCUGCAUAGCGUUCCUGCACUCCUCCCAGCUUCUGUUCUACGACUGCGGCUACCCACGGUGGUCGGUCGUCUUCACCCUACCCAACUCAAUAUUCUUCUACUACUUAUUCUACGACUUCUACUACAAAGCUUACGGCAAGCCUGCCGAAAGAAUACAGAAUACUGCAGCACCAAAAGAAGAUAAAGAAUACGUGAAACAAGAAUACAAAGUCGCCAAUGGGAUCAAAAACGGGAAGAUCAGUGAUGGAAAGAAAGUGGACUAAUAACGGUGUAAAUACGAAUUUAGAAGUAGGCUACAGGAAUUCUACUGGUUCUCACUCUUCAAGUUACAUGUCUAUGUACAUAUUUAAGGAAAUGUGCUGAUAUAGAUGUGAUAAAAUGGUAUUUCUUAUAAAUAGUCGACUGUUCUUCUUUGUCGAUUAACAUUAUUUU